CAGCGACAGGAGACACGGACUGAGCACAGAGACCAGGCAGACACACAAUACAGCCCCCGGAUCAAGAGGAGAGGAAACCCCUCUGCGAUUUACCCCCCUUCUUUUUCUACGAUACCUUUUGGCUUAUUUAUGCACUUUCUCAACCUUUUUUUUUUAUUUAUUUUUUUUUUAACGUGACAAGAAAGUCGAUAAAAAUGGUCCUUUUGUUUUGAGCGCUCUGAACACACACACACACACACACGCACACACGCACUCACACACACUCGCCGUGCUCUCCUCCGGCAGCCUAUGUCUGUGCGUCUUCUCGCAUCUUUGCAUUAUUAUCCCCCCACGUAUCGCUUCGCAGUAAUGUGCCGUUACACGGUCGCAGGCUGGUAGCAUCUUGGGAGCUCAUCUCAACAGGAACCUGCACGGGAAAAGAUAAAACCAGGAUGGUAACGCACUGUUCGUAACCAGCUCCAGUUCGUCAAAGGCCGCUGUAAGCUCACCCUCUUCUCCUGAACAUUGACAACCGUUCUUCAGCCAUGGCUAACAUAAGCAAUGCACUUUGCAUUGAAAACAUACAGAAUGCAGAUGUGUCUCUCUUACAAAAGGAUACUCUUCAGGACGGUGGAUUAAGCCAGCUUUUGGAUUAUAACGCAGAAAUGGAAAGGUACAGGUCUUUUGCAAACUUUUAUAAAACCAAUGGGGCAUUUCCACAGAAGAUUGCCCGCAUCACAACACCUAUUUUUCCCAGUGCUAGAAUUGGCAUGUCCCCUUGGAACUGCGAUAACGCCAUGCUCUGGGGAAGGAAAUCAGCGGCAAUAAACCCUAAUAGGACCAGCAUGCAUAGAAAUGACUCCCAGAGGCCGGGGAAGCCUGGCGUGCUGCCAGAGACGCUGCAAAUGGCAAAUAAUAAUUUCCUCUCUACCUUAUCCCCCGAACACUGCAGACCUUUAGCAGGAGAAUGCAUGAACAAGCUGAAAUGCGGCGCUGCUGAAGCAGAGAUAAUGAAUCUCCAAGAACGCGUUGGAACUUUUUCCGCUAUCCCGGCUUUAGGGGGCAUCUCAUUACCUCCCGGGGUCAUCGUCAUGACAGCCCUUCACUCCCCCGCAGCCUCAGCAGCCGUUACAGACAGUGCGUUUCAAAUUGCCAAUCUGGCAGACUGCCCACAGAAUAAUUCCUCGGUAUCCAGUGGAAACCCAGCGAAGAAGAAAAGGAAAAGGUGUGGGGUCUGUGCACCCUGCAGGCGGCUAAUCAACUGUGGUGUCUGCAGCAGUUGUCGGAACCGCAAAACGGGCCACCAGAUCUGCAAAUUUAGGAAAUGCGAGGAGCUGAAGAAGAAGCCAGGCUCGUCGCUGGAGGUGAGAACCGGGGCUCUGCUUCCCCUUCUUUUGUUAUUAUCCCCUUGCACUCCAAAGCAUUAACCUUUUCAUCCAGUCACGUUCUAAGCCCUUGAAAAUUGUUUCCAUGCCCACCCAUGCCUGAACAUCCCCCCGGCUUCUCAAAUCUGCCUACCCGCCUAGCCUAAUUGGCAGUAAUUAGGGGUGUUUGUGUGGAGCGCAAGCUGAGCUUGGCUCAGACACCCCUAAUUGCUGCCAGUCAGGCUGGGCUGGAACGCAUCCGAACAACCCCGAGCUUGGCUCAGCUCCAAGCAGGGCUGGGAAAUGGUUUUCAGCAGAGAGCCAUCCCUCUCUACACCCGGUCAUUUUAACCAAUUAUGGAAACCGUCUCUGGAUGGGGAGAAUCAAUAUCCCACAAAGCCUCAGCCUCCGACCACCAAGAGAUGGUGAGAGUAAUGGCAGGGCUGCUGAUGGCAUUUCUCAAAACAUACCCAAGUUUUGUGUGAGGGAGGGGAGUGAAACACCCACAACGAUUCUCUCCCACUGAUCUUGUAUGAAUUGAUUGUGCAUAUACAGUAGGGUUGAAAGGAAAUCAUUUUAUAUUAUAUUUUGUCAUUAUGGCCAAUCAGGGAUUAAUAUGGGGUAUGAUACAUAUCAAGAAGGGUGCAGAGUCUGAAAAAAAACAUUGUCUGAAAAACACAUUAAGCACUGGGAUAAUUGACAAGUAACAGUAGGCUUCAUUAGGACACAAUCGGAGGGCGGUUUGGUUUUUAAAGGUUGGUUUUAAUAGAUUUAUUUAGCAGCUGACAUUUCGUUGUCAAAGGCAAAGGCAGAGUAUGAAUGUUAAGUUUCAAAUGUGGUUCUCUUUACCCUGAGUGUCUGAACUUGCUCACUGACUUAACAUGAGCUUGUAUGGAUGAGUCGGCAACAAAUGUAACCUGAGGGCCUGAUGAUUUGCUCAUUAAUUAAGUGAUUACAUAGAGAGGAAAAAGAGGUUAAUCAUAAAAUAUUACCUAAUCUACUCAUGGGAAACACAUGAUGUAUGGAUUCCUUUGUUCAUUAUGAAUUUGUGCCAUCAGAUUGUCUGAUUCUUGUUUGAAUCCAUGAGAGAUUUUUUUCUAGGUGUUCAUUUUUGCAGAUACGUCUUUCAAGUUCAUUUAGGUGUGUUUUUUCGAAUGUUUUCUAAUGUUGAUAUCACCUGUGCCUGCUUUGUAGUGAUCAGGAAAUAAUGGAAGGAUUCAAAGUAGAUUGAGAUUGUACCUGAAUGCAAAUGUUCUUGACCCAGUACUGCUGUGACAUAACAUAUUAUUAUUUAUUCAUAUGAUUCUCAUAAUUUAUGUCUCAUGUACUCUACAAUCUAGUGCUACAUGGAGGACUUCUGUCAAUUCAAUCCCAGUCUGACAGCAUGGAAUCCAGUGCUAAUAUCCCUGAUUAAAAUCUUAAUAACUUUUAAUGAUUUUGACAGGAGUGCCAAGAAUCAAAAGCUUUUCCACUUUGCAACUGAAACAGAAACUGAGGAACUAAAUUAAGUCUGAUUGUUACCUCCAUAAUCCAAAAACAGUGGGUCAGUCAUAUAAACACACUUUGUGCAGAAACGCAUUGCUCAUCUAGAUUUAUUCCAUUUGGUACAUAGUGUCAUACUCAAUUUAGUAAUUUAGUUAAAAUUGCGUGUUGGACCAAGAUGAUACACAGUAUAUGUGAGCCUUUUCAUUGAGUGUGGAAAACUGUGACGCUUCUUAUGGGGAAACCAGCAUUUCAGAGGUUAAAUAAAGCGGUCACCGAUGGGUUACAGGUCGGACGUGUAAAGCAUAGAAGUGGCAAUCGGAAGCUUGUUUAAUGUCGACUCCGUAUAUCGUGUACUAACAG